AGCUACGCAUGAAAAAGACUCUGCAUAUUGCGUCUUUUUUUAUUUUAUUUUGAUCUUGAAAGGGAAAACAUGAUGAGAGGCAAAUAUCUAUCUUGAUACUCUCACUUUUUAUUCAACAACACAACCAGUCUCAUCUCAUUUAUCUCUUUACCUUUUAUUAUUUCAACAUUAUUAUUUGCAUUUAUAUACAAUCAACAAUUAAUCUUUAAAACCAGAGUCUUAUUUGGUAUCAAUUGUAUGUGUCAAAAGGUAUUGCUAGGUGAAGGGUUACCCUUGUUUGCCAGUUUGCCAUCUCCAUCACAUAAACAACAAAAAAAUCCCUAGCUGUUUCUUGCUUCAUUUUACUCUAAAAAUUGUGUUUUUAAUCGACAGUCAACAUGUAAAAUUCAUCUAUUUAUGUUGAUUGGAAAGUGUAAAUUAGUGACAAAUCCAUUCAUCUCAUAUUGUCCAUCUUAUAGCCUGGAUUAUUGGUUUACAGUUCUUCACUUUUGCUUCAACUUUACAACCCAAGAUUAAGCUUGUGACUUUUUCUCCAUUUCUGUUUUGCUGUUGCUUAGCUGGUUUUGGUUUUGGUUUUUGGCUGUUGCUUUUGAUUGAAGUUUCUGUUUCUGGUAAAUUAUCUAUUCUGAUUAUUCAACAACAACCUCUGAAGAAUUCAUUCAUUCCUUUUUUUGCCAGAUUACAUGCAGAUGCUCACGUUCAAUGUCCAUCAAUCAAUGAGUGACUUGAAAAUCCAUCGAUUUUUCCUGGCUUUUUAUAAUAUGGAUUGCAGUUAAUUAUCAGUUCCGAGCAUGCAGAAAAAUGGAAGACAUAAGCUCUCCAGAGGAGGGUGAAGUGAUCGAGGAGAAUAAGAAGAAAAAGAAGAAACAUAAGUCAGACAAGGAACGAAAGAAAAAGAAAAAAAAGUUCAAAGAAAGCGCAUUUUAUAAUUUGGAUGAAUAUUCAAAAACUCGAAAGAAGAAAAGAAAAAGGAAGUCUCCCAGUCCAGAUGAGCGAAAAGGUCUUGGCUAUUAUUCUAUUGACCCUACAGAUCUAUUAAGUUCAUCGGAUUCUCGAAAUAAAGAUCGCCAUUCUGAUUCGCAUCAUCAAUCUCAACGUUCCAGUCAUGGUCACAGUAGUAGAAGUCGAAGACGAACACAUAGCCGUAGCCGUAGCCGUAGUCGUGAUCGAUCAUCUCAUACAAAGAGAAGACGAAGAAGCCGAUCAAGAAGUCAAUCAGUUAUCGAAAAGGUCGAUAAAGAAAAAUUGCUUCAAAUUGCAAAGGCUAACCUUGCGCGUAUGAUAAAAUCAGGUACAUUACCUAAAGGAGUAGAUAUUAAUAAGUUGAACCUGGAGCAACUUAGAAAUUUGAAAGAAAAGAAUUCGAUUAGCCAAUGGUCAGAAUACUGUCGUGCAAUUUCUACUAUGGAAGCAGCCGCUAACGAAGAUUCUCUUUCCGAUUCUUAUUCUGAUAGUGAUGACGAUGAAAAUGGUGAUACUAAAUCUGUUUGCUCUGCCAUUAUUAGACAUCCAUUUAAACUGAAAGAAAGAAAAGAUAUUCAAAUAAAGGUUCGGGAUUUCGCUCAGUUACCUACUAGAUCGUCCAAAGAAAUCCAGAAAGAAUUAACUGAUAAGUUUCCAGUAUCAAGUGGAGAUACUCAUAGAGUAAAAGAAUUGGAAUGGAUAGAAGUGAAACCUGAAAUGCCACCACCGGCAAAAGUACCUGAAAAAAGCAAAAAAAGAGUUUUCAAAGAAGUUCCAGACCCGAAAGAAGAAACUUCAAAAUCUACAGAUCAGUCAGAUAUGUCUGUAACGAGUUCCACUUCUGAUCAAGAAAUAGCGCCGUCAACAAAUAGUUCAGAAAUAGGUACUCUUGUGGCUUUAAGAUUAAGUGCCAAGAAAAAGCUUCAAGAAGAUCCAUUGAAUUUGGUUGCUAUCAGACAAAUUUAUGAAGCAGAAAGAUUGAUAACUGCAAAAAUGCAAGAACAAGCUCUUCAAAAUGAGCAGGCCGCUGCAAUUGCAGCUGAAAUCACAGCCUCGCAAAUGCAAGAGAGACGAUUCGUUAGAGCUGGAAUCGAACAAUUUUCGGAAGGCAACAGAAUCAAAGAUGGUAUUGGUAUGCAUUUAUUGCUCAAAAUGGGGUGGCAACCUGGCACCGGACUUGGUAGAAAUCAGAAAGGGACAAUUGAGCCUAUUAUUCCAUCUCUGAAAUUUGAUACCAAAGGUUUAGUAGCAGAAGAAGAAACUGUCAGCAAAAUUCCAGCGCAAGUUGUCGAUGUAGCUGAAAUUUCAAGAGGUAGAAACCCGAUUUCAUUUCUUCAAGAACAUUGUUCAAAACAUAAAUGGGAUUUACCUGUAUAUGAUAUGGUUGAGGCUGUUGGUCCUGACCAUAAGAAAAGUUUUAUUAUGAAAUGUAUAGUUAACGGCGUUGAAUAUAGACCAUCAGUUUCUUGUGGAACCAAGAAACAAGCCAAAGCGUUAGCUGCUACUGUUGCUCUUCAAGCUUAUGGAUUAGUGGAAAAAGAAGGAACUUGAAAAUAUCAAUUUUCUUAUUUCUUUUUCAAUUGCCUGUCAUGAUUUACUCUUUGAGUCUAUUUCCAUAAUUGUAUAUAUAUAUUUUGUUAAAUAAAUUCAACAUAUCGCAUGUUUUCAUUGUAAAAAGCUG